GCUAACGCCAGAAAAGAUACGAGUGGACUAGCCGACCUGAUAGUGUAUUAUAGCACACCAGUACUACUACUAGCUGUCCGUUGUGUACCAUCGAAAGGAACCAUUGAUUUGACUUUUUAGCUUUGGAAGAACUGACAAUUAACAUCCAAAAUGUCGCAAGGUGGAACCGUUAUUUCUCAACCACAAUCUGGAGAAAAGGGCCAACAAUUCCAGAUGAUGGCCGCACCCCCUCCAAAUAUUGUCGUGCCAGCAGGAUUACCGGCCGGGUUGGCUUAUUUGGCGCAACUUAGCGAGGUCAGAGUACAUCAAAUUUUAGAGUUAUUGGAAGUUAUUACUGGUUUUGAAAAGAAUAACCGAUAUAGUAUUUGCAAUGAAGGAGAGCAACAGUUUAUGUUUGCUAAAGAAGAUACUGAUUGUUGUACACGACAGAUGUGUGGUACAGCUCGACCCUUCGUGAUGAAUAUUACAGAUACUAACGAACAGCCCUUAAUCCAGUUACACAGACCAUUUAGAUGUCAAGGAAGUUGUCUGUGGUGUUGUUAUCUUCAAGAGAUGGAAAUCCAAAGUCCACCUGGUAAUAAAGUUGGAGAAGUUAAAGAAGUAUGGACUUGCUGGACACCUAAAUACCAUGUAUAUGAUGCUACGGGAUCUCCUGUAUUCACUAUUAUUGGUGAUUGCUGUUACUGUAAAUGUUGUACUGAUGUAGUGUUCAGGGUUCUAGCAGGUGUUGAUGAUGGUGGAGAAGAAGUUGGGCAAAUUGUUAAGCAUUGGGGUGGAUGUCGUGAAAUGUUUGGUGGUGCCAAUGACUUCUCUUUACGAUUUCCUGCCAAUAUGGAUUUAAUGAAAAAGACAAUCUUAAUGGGGGCAACAUUCCUGAUAGAUUUCAACUACUUUGAAUAUCGUGGAAACAACUAAACGAAUGAGACAGGUUCAGAAUUUUAAAAACGACGAGAAAAUCAUUUUUAAUUGUUGUAUAAACUCAUUAUUUUUAUUAACCAUUUAAUAUUUUUGACAUAAUCUAGUAAAUUUUGUGUUCAUAUUAUUUAUAUUUUAUUUUUAAAAAUUGUUAUGCUGAUAUGGUAUCGAACAAAAUCUAUCAAUGUCAUAAUCUCAUAUAGUAACAUUCAGAACUAUUGUGUUCAAAUAAUUAAAGUCUGUUGUAGCAAAGUCAGUCAAAACAGCAGAUGUUGCUAAGUUUAUGUUCUUAGUUAACAUCUUCAUUGAGUGCCACUGUGGCAGUUAGUGUAACAAAUUGUUAUUCCUUAAAUAGUUUUUCAAUAUGUCCACACAGGUAAAGCUUGAACUGAAAAACUUCUUUUAAAAAAGAUAAUUUUGAAUUUUAUUUAUAGUAACUGUCCGAUUUUCAGGCAUUGGUCUAAAAGUACAUAUUGGCCAUUAUAUUGAUUUGCUGUCAAUUACAUAUCUCUUGAUUGAUCAUAUAUUGAUGUGUGCUGUUCAUUUCAAUUAUAUCUGUAUUCUGUAUGCUGCAAAUAGCUCAGACAUUUCACUGUGCAGUGAAUUACAUGUAUGUAAAUAUGUGAGUGCUGUAAAUUGCUCAUACAUAUUUGUGUGUGCUACAAUUGCUCAUAUAUAGUUCAGUGUGCUGUAAAUUGAUCAUACAUAUUGUGUGUCCAGUCAAUUGCUCAUAUAUUUAUUUUUCCUGUAUGCACUUGAAAUAGUUUAACUCUGUUUUUGCUCAAGAUAAAAGGUAAUAUCGAGUAUUUAGAACCCAUGACAUACUUAAACAUCUCUGGAUUUUAUUUUAUUUGUGUUGAAUAAAUCUGAAAUACAUCAUUAAACUUAUCUGUCCAUUUAAAUUAAGAUCUGAAUUUGUUCAAACAAAAUCUUCAAAUUUUAUGAAACGAUUUAUUUUUUUUAUAUAUAUAGAGAUUAUAGAGCUGUAAAAUUUUGAUAAUUUAUUUAUUUUAAAUUUCAGAUUACAUUGAUAUUGUAUGCAUAGAACAAAUCCAUCCUUAGUUUUAAAGGAUUUUUAUUAUUUAAUUAACUGUUUUAAUAAUUAGGUAGUGAAUUAAUUGAAAAGGAAAAUCAGCAACAACUUAACUUCUUUUUUGGAGUAGACUAAAUGUCCUGCACAUAUGUUGUUUAACAAUUUGAUCUGAUUAAGUGAUCAUAUCAGUAUAUUAGAAUUAAAUAUUUGACAUCUGUGAGAUUUUUCUUUACAAUGGCUUUCUAAACUUUUCUAAACUUGCUAUUUUGAUAUUUAGAUUGAUUCCAUCACCCAUCUAUUUUUAGAACACUGUGGUAGUCUUGAGUUAUUACAUUGAUAGCUGAAUAAUUUAUUUGGUUAAUUGAUAGAAUACAAUGUUACAGUGCAUUUAUUUCGAUUUCUACAGCUACCAUGACACAUAUUCUACAGUUACUAUGGCACACAUUUUUUUUAGGUUACCAUGAUUCUUGAUGGAUCAUAACUUACUUGUAUGCCAAUUAUCAUUGACUAUAGCUUUAUAACCAUCAAAGUUGUCUCAAGGCCUGCAUAACAACAUUUACUGCAUUAGAUGUCAUACAUACAAUUAUUUAAUUUUUAUAUCAAGCCAUUUUAUGUGUUUUUAUUGGCACACGUGUUCCACUCACAUUUAUUAUAUAAAAUCAAUAGUAAUAUUUGUUAUUUAUAUACGAAAUUGCCAUAAAUUGUGUAUCAGUCCAUAAUAGUAACAUUCAAAUUAAACUACAGAUUUCCAUAACUUGUACUAAGUCUUAUUACUACCAGUAAGAUUAAAGAUGUUUUUUGUAAGAUUCAGAUAAAGAGCUGACAAUUCUUACAAUAAUAGUUUAUAAAAGAAAUAAAUAUUGAAAAUUUCAAUCAAAUUACUUUAUUCUAAGCAAUUGUUGGAAGUUUUGAUAAGAAUAGCGUAGUGUCGAUUGUUAAGACAAUGAAAAAGUCUUGAUUAUCCAUUUUUAAAUUUAAAUUAUUAAAUGGCGAUGGCGUUUCAAUUCACUGUCGGAUAGCAUGGAAAACCGUGUUCCUAUUUAUAAAUUGAUUGUGCACUUAAAAGAUCCCUUGAUAAUUUGAAAUUUCAAAAAGAGUAGACAGAUAUGCUCAAGGCAUUGCACAUGUAACAUGAAACAAACAAUAUGACAUAUUCUCAAAAUACCGAAGAUGCAUAAUAAAAUCACCAAUUUGUUGAGUUAUUACUCAGUAGAACAAACCUGUAUUCAUAUAUUGAACAAAUACACUAAGGAAUGGGGAAAUAAACUUCUUAAAGUGAAGAUAUGUUGGUAAACAACCAUUCCCUAUGGUUAUUGAAUUUCCUCAGUUUUUAUAGUUGGGUCAACAAUUUGCCUUUGUAUUAAAUUUUGUUAUUUUUACAGGUUAACAGUUAGCGUCAGAAUUUACCUGGAAACUUUAUUUUAAACUUGUUCAUGUAUUGGGAACCUAUAAUGAAUAUUUUAAUUACCUGUAAAGGUUUUCAUAUUGUAAUACGUCAUUUGGUUAUAUUGAAAUAUGCCACUUGGUUAUACAUAUAUUGUAAUAUGCUACUUGGUUAUACUGUAAUAUGCCACUUGAUUAUACUGUAAUAUGCCACUUGAUUGUAUUGUAAUAUGCCACUUGGUACUUAUGUUGUAAUAUGUCACUUGGUUAUGGUGUAAUAUGCCACUAAGUUAUAUUGUAAUAUGCCCAGUGGUUGUAUUGAAAUAUGCCACUUGGUUAUACUGUAAUAUGCCAUUUGGUUAUACUGUAAUAUGCAAUGUGGUUAUAUUGUAAUUUGCCGCUUGGCUAUAUUGUAAUAUGCCACUUGGUUAUAUUGUAUUAUGUCAUUUGGUUAUAUUGUAAUUUGUCACUUGGCUAUAUUGUAAUAUCAUUUGGUUAUACUAUAAGCAACUUGGUUAUAUUGUAAUUUGUUUCUGGCUAUAUUGUAAUAUGCCACACGGUUAUAUUGUAAUAUGCCACACGGUUAUAUUGUAAUAUGCCACACGGUUAUAUUGUAAUAUGCCACUUGGUCAUAUUGUAAUGAAAUAUAUAAGUGGGUUAUGAAAUGCAAGUUAGUUGGUUAUUUUAAUGUUGUUGAAUGCCAUGUGUUAAUAUUUUGUUUUAUUAUAAAUGUAGUUGAUUUAUAUUUGUAUAUUUUAGUGAUACUUUUAUUUGAAGCCCUUGACUGUAUGUGCCUAUAUUUCCUUACAUUUUGUAAAUAAAUUGUUCUGCUGAUCA